CAGGGCAAGACGAGACUCGACCGCGGGGCGGUUCCUGGCUCUUUAUUUCCGUCUCAUUGGCUCAGAGAGUGAGUUUCAGUGUCUUCAACACCUUCAGUUCCCUUCAUACCCGAGACGCUGCUGGACGCUCACAGAGAUGGCAGGAAUGCUGGGAAUAUUUGAGAUAUGUCUGCUCUGCGCUGGGCUUCACAUGACGUCAGGCAUGACCGUAAACAUCCCAGAUAAAGUAUAUAAGAUUGCGAGGGGCGAUAAUGUGGUGAUACCCUGCGUUUUCACACCGAGUGCAACUCUCUCAUCAAUAUCAUGGACGACAGAUCCAGACGUCAAGGACGAACCAGAGAUUAACGUCGUAGGUUACUUCACUGCCGGGAAUAAAACUAAGAUAUACAAUAAAUAUAAAGGCCGGGCAAACAUAGAGGUGAAUCUGCAGAAAGGAACAGCCAACCUGCAGCUCAAGAGCGUCACCAGCGCCGACACACGGGACUAUGAGUGCAAAGUUCAGGAUCCGGACGAUGAGGAGGGCCGUCUGUCUGACAAGGCCAGUCUCGUGGUCCUGGUGGCUCCAUCACAACCCAUCUGCAAUGUUGUCGGGAAGGCAGAAUACUUCGAGAACAUCGAACUGAGCUGCCGCUCGGAGGAGGGGACGCCGACACCGACCUACAAAUGGCAAAGCUACAACGUCAAUAACAUCCCUCGACCGCUGCCACUCAAGGCCUCUGAACAAAACGGGGCUUUGUCGCUUGUCAAUAUUUCCAUGGACACGUCUGGCUACUACAUCUGCACAUCCACCAACGAAAUCAGAUCUGCGAAGUGUAAUGUGACCCUGCGCGUCGAUCCGCCGUCCUUGAACAUGGCCUCCACGGCGGGGAUCAUCGGGGGCGUUGUUGGCGUGGCUGUUUUUGUGGGAAUCAUCAUCUGCUGCUGCUGCUACUGCCGUCGCCGGAGGGAAAAGGCUGAGGAAUACGCAAUGGGGACUCCUGAAGGAGGAGAGUUCACAGACAAGGACCCUGUAGAGAAAGAGGACGACCGCGACGAACACGUGAACUACGAGGAAGAGCGUCGCGUGAAAAGCGCAGACAGACUCGAUCUGCCUGACGACCGCAGCGAGAGGAGCUACGAUCGCCGCAGCGACUACGACGACCGAAGAGAUCACUACACCGACAGACGAGACGAUCGCAGUGACCGGCGCGAGAGGUACGACAGAGACGACCGCCGCGACAAUGGCAGAGAACGUUAUGAUGAUCGCAGAGACCGCUACGAUGACCGUCGCGACCACUACGACGAUCGCAGAGACCGUCAUGAUGAUCGCAGAGACCGCUACGACAGCGACCGCUACGACAGCGACCGCUACGACAGUCGCGACAGACCGCCCAGCAUUCCACCGAAUAAACCCAAAGAACCGAGGAACUGAGUUCAGCAGACGCGGAGUCGAUCCUCAGAAAUACGCAGAAACUAGAGAAAAUGGACAACUAAUCCACUUACUAAAAAACUAAUAGUUUUUGUGUCUCAUAUGCUAGAUAUGAGAUUUGACCGAAUAAGGGCAUGUUCACACUUGGCGUCUUUUUUGACAAGAAAAAGUUGACAAGAGCGCUUUAUAGUAAAAUAAAAAGCUGGUAGCGUUUUAACAACAGUAGCCUAGUGCUGUGCUGCAGAAAUGUAGAGAAAACAGUCGGCUCUUGCGUUGGCUUUUGAAGUUUUGAAGGAGGAGAAUGUCGGUUCACAAUGACGUUUGUGUGUGCGGGACAUUAUACGGGGAAGGAUACGUAUGGUGCUUACAACAAUUUAGUCCGGGAGCUCCGGUUGGAUGAUGCACGGUUUGCAGAAUAUUUUAGACUAGACAGAGUUUUGUGCUCACAUCGUACAACUCCUUGUGCUCCAAAGCUAGUGCCAUCUAUCUACCGGCUAUCUUCUCCAUUUCUUCUUGUUGUUUUUGUUGUUAUGGAAACGACUCGCUGCUGGCUUCUCAUUGGUCAGCUGUCAAAAAGGCACUUGAUGUAGGCCGUUUUUUUCAGAAAAUUUUAACUUCUUUCAACUUGAAAAGAGCUGCGGAAAAAGACGCCAACAGUGGCAUUUUAAAAA